UUUCCUUUCUUCAUGAACCAGAUGGCGAAAUACUAUGUGAUAAAGAUUUUAGCUUUCAUUUGUAAAGAGAGGGAAGUGGAUAAAUCAGUGCUGCUGUCCUCAGGAUAAACGAAGUAUGGAGCAGUGGGAUAGCUUUUCUGAUCAACCAGAGGACGCUGACAGCUGUACAGAGUCUGUGAAGUUUGAUGCUCGCUCAAUGACAGCUUUGCUUCCUCCGAAUCCCAAAAAUGGCGCUGCCCUUCAAGAGAAACUGAAGUCCUUCAAAGCUGCCUUGAUUGUCCUCUAUCUCCUUGUGUUCGUAGUUCUCGUACCCAUCAUCGGAGUAGUGGCAGCUCAACUCCUGAAGUGGGAAAUGAAGAAUUGCACAGUUGGUUCAACUAAUGCAAAUGAUAUAUCUCAAACUCUCACUGGAAAAGGAAAUCACAGUGAAGAUGAAAUGAGAUUUCGAGAAGUUGUUAUGGACCACAUGAGCAACAUGGAGAAGAGAAUACAAUCUAUUUCAGACACAGAAGCCAAUCUCAUAGAUUCAGAGCAUUUCCAAAAUUUCAGUGUGAUGACUGAUCAAAGAUUUAAUGACGUUCUUCUCCAGCUGAGUACUUUGGUUUCCUCAGUCCAGGGACAUGAAAAUGCAAUAGAUGAGAUCUCCAAGUCAUUAAUAAGUCUGAAUACCACCUUGCUUGAUCUGCAACUCAAUAUUGAAACAGUGAAAGGCGAAGUCCAUGAGAAUACAUUUAAACAACAAGAGGAGAUCCGUCAAUUAGAGGAGCGUGUGUACAAGGCAUCAGCAGAAAUUACGUUAGUGAGAGAAAAGCAAGCGCAUUUGGAGGAGGAAAUAAAAGGGGAAGUGAAAGUAUUGAAUAACAUCACUAAUGAUCUCAGACUGAAAGAUUGGGAGCAUUCUCAGACAUUGAAAAAUAUCACUUUAAUUCAAGGUCCUCCUGGGCCCCCAGGUGAAAAAGGAGAUAGAGGUCCCGCUGGAGAAGUUGGUCCACGAGGCUUUCCAGGUCCAAUAGGUCCUUCAGGUCCUAAAGGUGAUCGGGGAGCAGUUGGCUUUCCCGGAAGUCGAGGAUACCCAGGACAACCGGGGAAGAGCGGGAGGACAGGAAAUCCAGGACAAAAAGGCCAGAAGGGAGAAAAGGGGAGUGGAAGCAUGCUAACUCCAUCUAAGACGGUUCGACUGGUUGGUGGGAGCGGCCCUCACGAGGGCAGAGUGGAGGUUUUUCAUAACGGCCAGUGGGGUACAGUUUGUGACGAUCGCUGGGAACUGCGUGUCGGACAGGUCAUCUGCAGGAGUUUGGGAUACCAAAAUGUUCAAAAUGUGCACAAGGGAGCUUAUUUUGGACAAGGUACUGGUCCAAUAUGGCUGAAUGAAGUAUUUUGCUUUGGGAGAGAAUCAUCUAUCGAAGAGUGUAAAAUCAAACAAUGGGGUGUGAGAGUUUGUUCACAUGCUGAAGAUGCUGGAGUCACUUGCGCUGUAUAAUGAACGUACCAUAUUUUCAUUUACACUUAUGAAAUCACUGCAAAAUGACUUUUAUGACUUUGCUCCAUUAAAUCAGUUUGAUGAAUAUUUAAGAGAUUAAGAAUAUUGUCCAAGGAAAAGGAAUAUUAAAAGUCAGUGGAUAAAUAUAUUGAAUACCUUCAUACUUACUGUAUGUCUAUAUUUGAACCAUUUUAACUUCUCUAGGUUUUUAAUGGACUUUUCUAACAUAAUGACGUAUAUUGAAUUGAGUAUAUUGAAGUUUAUGUAUAUUCUUACAUAGAAUAUACAUAUUCUAUACAAAAGUCAAUGAUCAUGGAAACACACUCCAAUCAUAGGCUCCAAUUUAUAUCUUCACCACAAGAUUACAAUUUUUGUCAUUUUUGUCUUCUUUGUAAUCUAUUUAGUUGAUUUCACAUGCCUAGAGUAAUUUGAACUUAGGGAGGAAAGAAAAGAAAGUCAAAUAUAUUUGUUAAUCGUCAUAAGAACCUCCCUAGGGCCAAAUAAGUUCAAUCAAACCUGUAAAACAUUUCAAUUUUUUAAAAAAAUCUUUGAUUCUUUAUCCUUACAUCAUUUCCUUAAAAAGAUUGAGAAAUUAAUGACACAAAUUGCUCAUUUAUUUCCUUUUGUUAAAUUACAUAAAAUUGUCCCACUCUAAAGGUUCAAUGGCAGAAUAAAAUGAAAGCACAGCUGCUAUUCUGAAUGAGGGCCCAUUAGAGAAGUCAAGGUCUGCUGACUUAUAGACCUAAUAUGUCAUAUAUCCAAGUGAGCUGCCAGAGUGGUUAGGGGAUAAAAGCGAUGACCUGAGCGCACUCGGAAUAAACAAAAAAAAGAAGGAAGGAAGGAAGAGAUCCAAGGAAUAGCAAAUUUGCUAAUCAUCACUUCAUUAUACACCGAAAAUUUUGAAUUAAAAGGUAGGUCGGUUUGUGAUACAUUUAAACAUCUUAUGCUAAUGGAAUGAGAUAAAUUAAUUGGAAAGAAAAGCUCUUGGACUACAGUAAUAUUAGAUAAUUAUUUUUAUCUUAAUAUUCAAAUUCUAAAGUUGACUUUCUACUUAAAAACAGAGUUUCAUUCCACACAGGUAGUAAGGGACUCAAGAAAUUUAAGGGAACAAAUUUAUCAUAUAAAAAUUCCCUAGCAAUGGCUGUUUACUCAAAUUAGAACCGGGGGAGAUCUCCACCUGUAAACUUGAUUUACGUUCACAUAGAGAAAACAAAAGAAAUUUCCUAUGCUAGAACGCCAUUUGUUGUAUUUUUCAUUUUAAAAUAGAAUUACAAUAUUAUUAUCUUUUAAUCAUUAACAUGAGAAAAAUCAUCACAUUAAGAUAAAGUACAAAUGCAUAACAUUCUCUGUGGAUUAUGCUGUUUUGGUAGAGAUGAAAAACUUAAACAAUUCAUUAUUAUUUGCCAAGUGCCUUCUCCACAAACAAGGCAUUUCAUUGUAGUCAUGUCAUGCAAAGGCUGCUUUUUAUUAGGAGGCCAUAUGUGCUCAGUGGACCGGGCAAGAGCGGGGAGAUCCAUAUUUCUGUCCUGGCUCUUCCUCUUGCUGGCUCCAUGUUCUUUACGGAAGUCAUUUAAUCUCUAAUCCUCAAAUCCUGGCACAUAAAAUGGGAAUGAUUAUAUGUGUGUUACCCAACUCAGGGUGUGCUUGUGAGGACCCGAUGUGAACAUGAAUUACUGACACGACAGAAAUUACUCAUUUUCAAGUACUGCUAGUAUUUACUAGCCCUUCCACAUUUGACGGUGUUAAUACAAGUAAAGAACUUGAAUGAUUUUGAAA